UUGGAACGAGUUCAACAGCUUUUGGGAUUGAGUUAAAGUGUGGGAGGAGGAUUGAUUUGAUUCAAGUCCAAAUGUUUAAGAAAAUACCAGAGAGAUGGAGGGAGUUGAGUGGGCAGAAAAACUGGAAGAACCUCCUGGACCCUCUCGAUCUCGACCUCAGGCGUUACCUCAUCCACUACGGCGAGCGGGCCCAAGCCACUUACGACACCUUCAACGACGAGGUCAGGUCCAAGUACGCCGGCGACAGCCGCUACUGCCCAAAAGAUCUGUUCUCGAAGGUCGGACUGUCCAUCGCCAACCCUUUCGAGUACACCGCCACCAAGUACUUCUACGCGACAUCCUCGAUCAAGGUCCCUGAAUGUUUUAUCCUGAGGUCCCUGUCCAGGGAAGCCUGGAACAAGGAGUCAAACUGGAUGGGGUACGUCGCGGUGGCGACUGACAAGGGCAAGGCCGCACUCGGACGGCGGGAUAUAUUAGUCGCGUGGAGAGGUACUAUUCAGAUCCUGGAAUGGGCUAGCGAUUUCGAUUUUCCAUUGACACCUGCUACAAAGAUACUGGGGGACACAGACUCCGACGCAGACGCAGCUGCAGAUGCAGAUGCAGCUGCAGACGAUGUUGAUAAUAUAAUUCCUAAAGUGCACAGCGGGUUCCUCUCCGUCUAUACCUCAGAGGAUCCUCGCUCGGAGUUCAAUAAAUCUUGUGCCAGGGAACAGGUCCUGACGGAAGUGCAGCGGCUGGUUGACCAAUACAAGGAAGAGGAAAUCAGCAUAACUAUCACGGGCCACAGCCUAGGAGCAUCGCUUGCAUCGCUCAACGCUAUUGACAUAGCCUGGAACGGCUACAACAAGCCGUGUGGCACCCAAUCAAAGCAACCCUGCCCCGUGACUGCCUUCGUCUAUGCCAGCCCCCGUGUGGGAAAUUUCAAAUUCUGUAAUAUUGCCAACUCCAUCCCGAGCCUGCACCUCCUGCGCAUUGCCAACUUGCCCGACAUAGUGCCAAAGUUACCAUCUAAAGGGUACUACUCUGACCUCGGACAAGAGUUGCUGAUCAACAAUCAACUGUCCAAGUACAUGAAGUACCCCGGGAAUGUUAAGAGUUGGCAUUCGUUGGAGGGGUAUUUGCACGGGGUGGCGGGGAUGCAGGGCAUAAAAGCACCGUUCAAGCUAGCAGUGAAGAGGGACGUGGCGCUGGUGAACAAGCACACGUCGUUCCUUAGGGAGAAGUAUCUGGUGCCGGAAGCGUGGUGGAUAAUGAAGAACAGAGGGAUGGUUCAGCUGGAGGAGGGCUCGUGGCAGCUGGAGGAUCAUGAGAAGAAUUGCGAUUCAUCUGAUGAUGAGUCUUGAUCCUAUGACUCUCCGACCAUUAGACGUUGCAGUAGCCGGAGAUGAAUCUCUCGAACCCUGACAAGCUAAGUGCUUGACCGACUGCAGAGAGAUAGGUCCGGGACAUCUAUCCUAAUUUCUUAUACAGCAGCCUUUGGUACUAAGAAAGGGACAACUGAAUUGAGA